GAUUUGACAGGAUGGCAAUUCUCUGUGGCUGCCAUGCAAUUGAGUUCCAUAGAGAUUUGCCAGAGUCUAGGCUUCAAUUGCUGGCUUGUGAGCUUGAUGGGCCCGGUCACAUUAAUUAAUGUUCAGCUAUUUUAGAAAAAAUAAUAAUUUACUACUUCCUUUUUCAAAGACAGCAUGCCAGAAAUUGUAACAAAUACAUUAAUAAGCACAUAUCUGACACUUUAAACCGACCCCAUUAGAGUUGAAGAACUGAACUUGUUUAUCCAUAUGCUUCCACCAAUUUCCUCUCUUUCUGUAGGUGAUGAUGGCUUCUGUGUUCACAUCCAACAAAACCAUCAGGGUUUGCCCUUUCCUCAAUGGAGAUAUCGAAAAGCCAGAGACCAAAACUAACAACAGCAACACAUGGAUUCGUCCUAAUUUGCCCAGCAGAUGUACAUGGAAACCAGGAAAACCCAUCUCAGAAUCACCUCACAGCUGUGUGCCUAUGUAAGUAGCAUUUAGAAUUUUAAAAAUUUCCUCUCAAUGUCCACUCCCACCUUGAGAGGUUCCUCCUAAAUAUAUAUUGUAUGAAUCACAAAGUAGAUGUUCAUAAGUGGUAUUGUGAGCAUAUUCCAGUAUAGUUUCAGAUCAGAGAUUCAGCAUGUGGUUUUCAUGCUUUCCCCCCCAAUCUAGUUUAUUAGGAUUUUCGCACUAUUACUAGCGAACAGUAGAGUCCCUUAUUCCCACUCCCCACUCCUAGAUUCCCUCCCUCCAACCCCCCUCUCUUUUUUUAGCUACAAUAUUUUCAUCACUGAUAUUCAAUUGUUCAGCAUGCUAUACAGUACUUAAGCUGCACACAUAUAUUCUAUACCUGUACAUCUAUUUGUAUACGUAUGUACAUGUACAUCUGGUUAAACAUCUGAGUAAACCAAAUGCAUAAACACCUAUAUAAGCCUUUGGCAAAAUGGUACUUUCCAGAAGUUUUGGACUAUCAUUUGCAUCACAGUUUAAAAACAAUUGGAUGGCACCAGGUUGGUACUAUACUAAAGUUCUGGUCAUUUCCUUCAGAGCCUAAUUUGGAUGAGCCUAAUUUGUCCACACGGUGGCUUCUUAUUCUUUGUUGGUUCCCAGCUUUUGAAUUACAAAAAGAAGACAUUGCGAAGUGUCCCAGGAACCAUGAUGAACAUACAUAUUUCCAUUGCACGUUGGUCCUCCAAGGCUUUCUUCAGAUUUGAGGGGCCCUGGCCAGAGUAUCUUUGGGUGGGCCUACUCCUCUGUCAGUGAGCCCAGGUAGGCUUAACUGUCAGUGGUGGCAGUUUCCCAAGUAUUCCUGCAUGACUGGGCCUUUUAAUUCCUCACUGUGCUCCAAGGUGAUGCUUGGUCAAGGACAUGGUGGGGAAUUAAAAAGGUGAUGAGAUCCCACAGCCUGGUGCUGCUUGGAGUGCUGGUCCCUCCUCUUCCCCUCCCCACCCCCCACCCCAAAAUUGAGGGGCAGACAUCUGCAGUGUGAUCUGCCACGGUGCUGGAACCCAGAAGUUACUCAAGAAUGGGAGGUGUUGAUGGUGACCCCCUGUGAAACACAUUUAUUAUGAUGGGGAAAGCAGGGAAAGAACACCCUACGUCUCUAGACUGGGAGACUUGGAAAUGACCAUCCAAAUCACUGGAACCGGAACUUCUAUGGUUGUGUUUGUGCUCCAAUUUACUGUGCAUUCACUGCAUUUCCAUUGCUGGGGUUUUUAUUCCAUGUUCACACAAUUCUUCAGAAUGCAUAUCUGUCCUGCACUUCGUUGUGAAAUACUGCUGUUCGAAGCAUUGCAUCUCAAACCAGCUUUACAUCCUUUGGAGUCCCUUAAGCAGUUCCUAAUUCAUCUCCAGCCAAGGUGCAAAUACCUUUGCAUAAAGUAAAUACAUCUCCUUCCCGGCAGCGAACGUCAAUGAAGCCACACUAACAUGAACAGCUGGGGGGGGGGAGAGAGUGCUGUGAAACACACAAGUGAAACAACUGCACUGUGCUCUAAGGCGGUAAUGUGGACAAGUCCUACAUUUAAAAGAGAUUGAGAGGAGCAGCUGCAGUGUGGCACAGACUCAUUCUCAUCUGCGUUUCAAAAUGUAAACAGUAAUGAGUGGCAGCCUUAAGGCUUCCCUCUCAUCUGUCUUUCAUGGUAGCUGGUUUGUGUGAAAUGAUAAUAGCUAUUCACUGCAUAAGCGAAAGAGCAGUAAAUCUGUUUAGAAAUUGCUCAGGGAGGUAAUCUGUCUGAGAGCAGAGCUGCGGCUUUCCCUAUCACAGGACCCACCUACACCAGCAGUUUGGAAGUAGUGCUUAGUUCAGCUUUUCCACGUAUGAAAAAGGCUGUUAGAAAUACAGUGGUACCUCGGAUUAAGUACUUAAUUCGUUCCGGAGGUCCGUACUUAACCUGAAACUGUUCUUAACCUGAAGCACCACUUUAGCUAAUGGGGCCUCCUGCUGGUGCUGCACUGCCGCCGCGCGAUUUCUGUUCUCAUCCUGAGGUAAAGUUCUUAACCUGAGGUACUAUUUCUGGGUUAGCGGAGUCUGUAACCUGAAGCGUAUGUAACCCGAGGUACCACUGUAGUUCUCAAAAACCAGAAGCACUUCUGGGGGUCCUGUUCGUUUCAUAACAAAGGGAAUUGGAGAAAACAGCAUUUUGGGCAAAAGGGCUGAUUUAUCCUCUCAAUCUGACACAAAUGAAUUAAUUUUGGAACAAUUAUGAAGAGGCUUUAUAAAUAAAAGAAGACAUUCCUUCCAUGUCAUCAGAUAAGGUAGCAUUGGUUGUUGCAAUGUGUUCUUUUUACAAUAUAACUGGUGCACCUUCUUGCAACUGCCCAGUACGCUAAAGAGCAGUAACUUAUUUGCAUCUCACGACUCAAAACAAAACAAAACCAAAGCAAAUUGUUGCGGGGGGGGGGUAUGAAAUUCUCUUGCUUCUGCCAAGAUCUACAAACCACCAUCAAAUUUAGCAACACUAAAGUAUUUCCUAGCUGUCCAUUGUAAGGAUUUUUUAAAAAAAUCAUUAAACUAUAAGAGAGGAAGGUGGAAGAAAGAAACCCUGUUCUUCUUUAUUAAACGUGUAGGGUGUGCAAGAGCUCUACACUUCACAAAGUAAAACAGAGUUUUCUGCUCAAACCUGUGCAAGAUAACGUAGAUCUGUAACCGAAUGCUUCCUGUAGUAAAAUGAGUUAAUGAUAAGCAGGAGGAUUUAGAAGUCAUUUGGGAUAUCCUGGUGACUUGUUUGUUUAAAAUGUUAGCUCUAUCUCUUCUAAGUACAAUAUGUCCUAAAUGUUAAAGCACCAUAAAUCUCCAGACAUACCUACCUAGCUCAGGUGGGGAGGGGGCGCAAUUUUCUCAAGGAAGGACUUCUUUUUAGGAUCGCUUUUCACUGCUAAGCAAUGUAUCGUCGCUGGGGAAAGUGGAAUUAUUUUACCAUGAUGAAGGGAUACUGUGAUCUGAAGCAGUUUGUGGGAUGUGGGAGUUGCAUGAGAAUCAUAAGCACUUAGUUAGGGGAACAUCUCAGGUACGAUUAAUAUCAGUUUAAAACAUUGUUCAUUUUUCUUGAUAAUUUUGCUAAUUAGAAAACUGUUUUCUCCAAGAGUUCACUUUGCGUUCUUCUCUGUCUGGCAAACUUGUCACCGCUGAAUGUUGCUCCUUUCUCAUACAUGAAAUGAAAACUGCAAGUAGCUGAGGCAGUCAGUUUCAAAGCACACGCAGGAUAAAUUCCAGUCCCCUAAGAAUAAUCCAAAACAUUUAAUUCAAAGAAAAGCCCCUAGAGGGAGCUCUUUUACAUAUUCUCUAAGAAGCUGUGCCGUGCCAAAUUUAUGGGAUUGGAAAACUCUGUGAUUUCUUAUACAAAAAAGGUCUGAUCCACACCUCUUGGAUUAAUUUGCUGUCCACCCAAUCUUGCAUUUCUCCAGAUGUUCAACCAGAGCUUACACAGAUAUAAAUGGUCGUUUUCAACCCGUAUUUUGAGAGGAAAGUACUUAUCUAAACACCCAUGAAAGGGUUGUAGCUGAGCAGUAGAGCAUUAGCUUUAUUAUUAUUAUUAUUAUUAUUAUUAUUAUUAUUAAAUUACAUUUGCAUACUGGGCAGACGAUACUAUGCAGACCAGCUUCCGGUGUUCUUAUAGCAGUUAAGUAUUUAAGUACACAGAAUCACAGAAUUGUAAAGUUGGAAGGGAACCGAAGGGUCAUCUACGCCAACCCUCUGCAAUACAUAUUUUGAGAGCGUUAAAAACCCCCACAAAGAUUCAUAGAACUGGAAAAGCUAGAACUAGAACUGGAAAAGCUAUGAGUAAAAACAUGCAAAUGUGACAUGGAAUUGAAAUAAUCAUAGUCCCCUAUCCCUAUCCCGAAGCCCAGCCUAGUAGACUGUGCAUUCUCUACAGAGGCCAGCCCCAUUCUGAGCUGCCCACAUGCGCCUGCCACAUAACCCAUUGAUCAGGUGCUCAAUAGGCACACAUUGCUACCCUGCAUGCAGACAGGUGUACAUGCUUUGAGCUCCUCUGUUCAGCAGAAGGAUCCUGAUUGGGCCAGGAUCCCCUUUCAUCUAGAAGAGCUGUAUAGGUGUCUUUACCUAGGGCUGCUUAACUCCAGUGCUUUUUUCCUGGCGGGACGCAGGGGUUUGUAUACCCCUAAACAUUUUGUGAAUCUAAGUUUGGCCUCAUUGAGGGACAGUAUUUCAAUAAGAGUAGGAAAAUGAGAGUACCCCUAAACAUUUUUAAAGAAAAAAAUAAGCACUGUUUAACCCUUUUCAGCCAGCAGUGGGCGUGACCAAAGUGGCUAAUACUUUCUCUCUCACACACACUUAGGGAUGGGGAGGAAAUUCAAUUUGGUUCACAUUUAAAGUGGAACCUACCUCACACACACAGUUUCUGAAACAGUGCACAACUUGAAAAACAGCCAUCCUUCAAAAUUCGCACUUAUCCGAAUUUUUCAGUUCCACACUACAGCCAAGGAAUGUGUACAAAAGUGUAUUAUACUAAGGGAAAUUGCUUUUUUUAAAUGUGUAUGUUAAGCAAAAACUACAUGCCAAAAUGUGUACAUUAGGAUAUUUUUUCACAAAUACACUGGUGAAUUUUCAUGAGGGUUUUUUUUAAAUAAAAAAUCACAAUUGUUAUGGAAAUGUGGGAAAUGGAAGAUUGGGGGGGGGGAGGGAAAUUGAGAGAAACUAAAACUAACAGAUUCUCCCAUCCCUAUCCACCAUACAUACUGUACUCAUAACACACACACACAAAUGUAUUUUGAAGAAUCUAAAAUCAUUGUGAAUGUUGAUCAAUAUAGUAUUAUCUCAUUCUAGAUGUAAUCUGCCCUGAGACCUUAUGGUGAACAGAGAUAUUUUAAAUAUUAAAUGUUAUAGAAAUGCUGAAACAAACAAACAAACAAACAAACAAGUUCCUCAAAUGUUGCUGUGUGGCUCUUAGUCGUUAAUAUAUAAAAAUGUUUAUUUUGAAACUCCACAAAAAACUUUUUUUGUUCCAUAAAUUAUUCCAUUUUGUUCUUUCUCCUAAUGCAGUCCAAAAGAACCAAAGAUUCUGUCAUCUAUUUUGGAGAAAAUUGGACACACCCCUCUGGUCCGUGUCAACAAGAUUUCAAAAGCCCAUGGGCUGAAGUGUGAGCUCUGUGAGUGUCCUUUUGCUUUCAUUCCACUUGUCAGAUUUUUUCCUGUAUGCUGUGUUACAGGAGUUCAAAGUAUCAGUGAUGGGGAAAAAGGGUCAUUUAAGCAUACAGACCCUACUAAGGAAUGAUUUGUGCAGAAUCCUGGAAAACGGAGGUAAAUGGGUGCUUUGGGAGCUGCUGAAAGUGGGCUUUGAGCCCUUUCAGUUAAGACCUGCCCUUACUUGUAUGACAUCAAGCGAAGGGUGAGUGGGCGUGGCUUACCCCCAAAAGCCUCAUGGACCAAAUGAGGAAGCCUGGAGGUUCAAGACUGGCAUACAAGCUGGAGGGUCCCUGCUAUUUACACAUAGCAAUAUUUUGCAGUGCUAACUGAGAUCAGAGGUAAAUGAAUCUAGAGAAGGGAACCAAAGCCUUAUUACAAAUAGUUUAUUUUUAGACACAAUAAGGGCUAUUAGCUACUUUGGGAAUUGUUAGGGGUCUCCUGAAACUUCUCAGCACCCUUAAUAAACUGCGUUUCCCAGGGUGCUUAGGGGGUUCUUAGUGGUAUGAUACUGCUCUGUGUAUAAGGCAGAGGGGACCAGUGUCUUUAAAAAACAAACAAAAUUACUUCUUAGAAAACAUGAUAACAACAGCAAUAAAGGAUCUUAAGUCCAUGUUCUAAUGUGUGAGCUUGAUGUGAAAUUCCAGUGGCCAAGUGUGAGUAUUUCAAUGCUGGAGGAAGUGUCAAAGACCGAAUGUCCUUGAGGAUGAUAGAAGAUGCAGAAAGAGCUGGUACUCUGAAGCCAGGAGACACACUCAUUGAGCCUACUUCAGGAAACACAGGUGAGGAGAAGCAAAUAGCUUUUGUGAUUUUUAAAACGGCCUUUCCACACGAUAAAAGACACCCUUUGUUUUAUCUUUAACAUUACAUUUGUGCGAGUACUGUGAUAUGAUCAUCCACCUCCAUAGAAUGGAUGCAGAGGUGGGAUGGGGGGACAGCUCUGCCACAUGGAUCCCCUUGACACCAAUGCCCUGCUUGUCUUUGAUCAUUCUCUCCACACAUCAUCAUCAUCAUCAUCAUCAUCAUCAUCAUCAUCAUCAUCAUUGAAGAAAUAUGUGUGCUUUGGAGCUGGUGAAGUGGUGCACACAGUUCUAUAAGUUUUAAAGGACAUUUUAAAACAACCACAAAUUUAAAAAUAGGAAAGGUUCACAAAUGAAGAUUUCUCCAUGGGACAAGGGCUGCAAUGCUUUAAGAGCCUUAUGAAGAUGUCUGUGAGUUGUCACCGCUGCAUAUACAGGCAGCAGGUUCAUUUAGGAAGCAAGGCUUUAUGUAGCAAAGAAUUAAACCAAAAAUAAUAAAAGUACUUUUUUCUUAAGUUCACCCAAAAGUGAUUUUUAAAUAUGCACACAUAAUAUAUACAUGCAUGCAUACAUAAUUAUAUGAAUAUUGCAUUCUGGGUAAAUGCACCCAAAGGAUCUAUUCUCCAGUUCCUCAGUCUAAAGUGUGAGAAGAUCCCAUUGGCAGGUCAGUGUGUCUCCUCGUGCUUCCCAAAGGGAUUAUGUCCUCAAUCCUAUUCGUUUUGUUCUGCCCUGGCAUGCUGAAUGAGAUCACUGUGAGGAGGAGGAGGAGGAGGCGGCACAAGAUGGAGCCCUUGCGAUCUCUCUGCACUUCAGCAGGUCUCUGCUCUGCGUUGUAUUCCUGAGCGUUUGUUUGAUCUUGGUCAAAUAUAGCAGCCAUUUCUAUAAAACUCCAUUGACGACAGGAUAUGGAAACUCCGGGUGGUGGGCAAAUCCACCCAUUAUUCCCCAUAGCAGAGAAAUCUGUGGUUCAUUUCUGAAUCCGCUUUGCUUCUCCUCUUGCACUGACACCUAAUGCUAAAGCCCCAGUCGGCCUCCUCAUCUCAAUGAGCGACAGCUGCCUCGGCCAUUCAUUCCCAAUGAAACCUGAGUGCACAGCAGAAGCACACUGCAAGCUAGUCAUGGGAAGGGCUUAACAUCUGUGCUGUUUUUGUUCUGCACACACACGGAUUAGGUGCAAUUUGCUUUCAUGCCCUAUACUAUAGGAAACACAAUUAUCCCCUUUGUUUCUGCUUCACUUGUUAGAAAGAGACUACUCCAAUCUUUUUUCCCCUGUAAGCAUGCUGCAAGGCUUUAUGAUCUCAUCAACCUUACUCCACCGAGUCUUGAAAAACAUAAACCGUUCUUUUAUGCUUCUCAGCGUUCCAAUUUAUUCGGAUCAAAGAGCUACAGAAGUCUCUGCGCAGUCGUAGGGUGAACCGGUGGCCAUCUUGGAAAGUGUAAUUGAGCAACCCCCCCAUGGCUCCAGCCAACAAUUUUCUGAUAUUAGAAACCAUACCAGACCCUGCUUAGCUUUGCGAAUGUGCUAGCAGUUUUAUUGCUGCGCCACAUCCUAUCUAUCUAAAAGUCAGGGCUUGGAAUGGACCAAGAUCUUGCCUAAGACUUGGGCACUGCUCUGGUUCCCCUCUGCCAUUAUGAUCUUCUCUCAUAGGGAAGACAGGAGGCAGAGGGGGCAUGAUGUCUGAAAAACUGCCUCCUUUCCUACAGACCCCUCCGGGUGUUAAGGUCAACAGAGGGGACUCAUUUGUUAGUUCCACCUGUUCCACCUCCCUCAGAAGUCCAUGAAGUGGUGGCCUGGGAAAGAGCAUUCUCUGUGGCAGCCACUUAGUUGUGGAAUUCCCUCCCCACAGAGGUGUUUGUGGCUUUUUACUAUACAGUCAUACCUUGGUUGCUGAAUGCCUUGGAACUCGUACGCUUUGGCUCCUGAACAAUCAAAAAUUGGAAGUGAGUGUUCUGGUUUUCGAACCAUUUUCAGAAGCCGAAGGUCUGGAGCAGCUUCUGCAGCCGCGCCUUGCUUUUUUGAAUGGUUCUGGGAGUCAAACGGACUCCCGGAACGCAUUCUGUUUGAGAACCAAGGUACGACUGUACCUCUUUCAGUGAAUGCUGAAGACCUACUUCUUUACCCUGACCUUUGACACUUGAGAUGUGUGCUUUCAGAACCUAACCUAUUUUGUAAUCUGUUUUAAUUCUCGUAACUUGACUUGGGACCUGCUGGUGAAGAGCAGGUAAUAAAGCUGAUGAUAAUAAUGAUAAUGAUGGUAAAUAAUAAUAAUAAUAAUAAUAAUAAUAAUAAUGUAUUUCAAGGGAAACUAGUGGGGUGGCUUUAACUAAGCAGUCAGCAGGGCAGAUGGGAGAAAGGGCAACUGAGCUUCUUGUGUUCUGAUUUGCUGCAGAACUUACUGCACCUUCCUCCUGCAUGAUCCACUCUGCUCAGGUUUACUUCCACACCCACACCAAGCAUUUAAAGCACAUGGCUUCCCCAAAAGAAUCCUUGGAAGUACAGUUUAUCCCUCACAGAGUACAAUACCUAGUGCUCUUAAACUACAAUCCCCAGGUUUCUUUUUGCUACAACUGCACAUGGAAUGUGCUUUCAGUGUAUGGUGUGGGACUCUAGAUCCAGUGUCGCUUCAUACUGAUGCUAUCCUGGUGCACAUGCCAGCUUGCUUCAUCCUGUCUUAAUGUUCUCUGGCUACAAAUAUCAAAGAUCCUCAAUGGGAUACUUCAAGAGCUGUUCCCUGGUUUCUUUUCUUCAAAAAGUGAAGAGUUGAAAGUUGCUCAAUUUAGGAGUGGGAAAGAGGGACAGUUGGAAACAUCUGCUUAUCUUGCUGCUGUUGAAUAACUCCUCUAUUUGUCUUGUUUUUGUUUCCUUCAUACGUAUCCACCAGGGAUUGGAAUUGCCCUGGCAGCUGCAGUGAAGGGCUAUCGCUGCAUCAUUGUAAUGCCAGAGAAAAUGAGCAUGGAGAAGGUGAGAGAGAGAGAGAGUCCUCCUGACUGAUUUAACAUAAGUAGCCCCAGCAUGGUCAAAGUCUGUUUUGAUUUGAGCUGUCAUGGUUUCUCCCAUCAUAACGCUUCAUAAAAGGAAAACUAGCCAACCCUGUGCAUUUGAGGGGCUUUGCAAGGGGGUUAUCUGUUGAUCCUUAGCGCCUCACAGAACAUAGUGAAGCCUCUUCCGGAGUAGAGUAUCACCAUUACAGAUAACUUGAAAUUAUUAGAUGUAAAAAGCUGCCAUGUACUAUGUCAAAGGUUGUAAUCCAAAUACCAGUUAUGCCAAAGUGCAGGAGGAAACACAGUCAUGGGUUUCCUUGAGCUCCAGGGCAAACAGAUGGUUCAGAGUUUAUUUUCAUGCUGGGCAGUAGCUCCAUGUGUUGCACAUCUCCAUGAUGCACACACAACGUGGAAGUCAGUGGGAAAGCAAGUGGUGCCCUCGUGGAGCUGGGAGAUGAGGCCCCAUGAUUUCUUAAGGUGUAGAUUAUGCUGAAUUUCUAAGUGUAAUUUCAAUGAUGUUGUAGCAGAACUGUGUGGCCGUUCCUUUGCAUGUGCAGAAUUGAACUCCUUGUUUGAAAUGAAUGGAACAGCCUCCACACAGAAGAGCUUUGUGAGCAUGUUGGGAUGCAUUUGGGAGCUUGGAUCUGAGUAGUUAUCUUCAGGGAAACUCAUGCUGCAGUCCCAUUCACAUUUUCUGAAAAUCAAUGUAUGCACCACGGAAGAUGGUGCAUACAUUGUACUUCUACAUGCAUAAGUGUAGGAACUGCAUUGUCACUGUGAACCAGCAUAAAUGUUCUUACUCUGCCUUGUGGUGGCUACAGUUAAACCAGCAUUGGUAUGGGGGAGUAAUAUGUUGCUGCUUUUAAUUAACUUUUUUUUAACUUGCUUGCCUGACCUUUGAGAUGGACCGAAAUUUAAAUUAAAAACCCUUAAAUAUGCAUUGUAUAUGUUGUGCAUUUCUUUUUUCUUGUGAAAGACUUGGAGGCUGGAAAUCUGGAGUUUACCUUUCGCCCCUCCAGGUAGAUAUCCUGAGAGCCCUCGGGGCUGAGAUCGUAAGAACUCCCUGCACAAGAUACGACGCCCCAGAAUCAAAUGUCCGUGUUGCUUGGAAACUGAAGAAUGAAAUUCCAAACUCACAUAUUUUGGAUCAGGUAAUAUAUUCCUUAUUGAAGUGCUUUGACUGAAUUACUUGAUUUAAAAAACAACAACUUCUACCCAUCUAAUUUGUUGAUCCUAGCCUGUGAUUGAAAAAUAUGUGAUUUCUAAUGCAUACCUUUUUUAAAAAAAAAUCACAGCUUCUUAGUAAACAUAGUUCAGGCAUUUGGCUGUAGGAAUAAAACAAAGAAGUUCACAACCUAUUGAUACACUCAUCCAUGUUUGCUCUCUAACUCUGAUCUUGCUAUGCUUGGCGGGGAGUGGGAACUAAACUGUUCAUUCUAGGCAUCAUUCCUUCUGUUUCCAGUGUUAAGGUUGUUAUUGCUCAACUUGAAUGGAGAGAGUUCAGGAUGAGGAAGAGCUGCAGAGCAGCUGGUCUCUCAGCUGAUCUGAUAAGGGCCCCGCUGCCACUCUCUGUCUCUCUCUGUGUUGCAGCCAAAAUGAUCUCAUGCGCUGCUUGUGAACUUCCCAGAGGCAUCUUGCAGACCAUUUUGUUCUGAUCUAGCAAGACAUUUCUUUCCGAGAGACUUCAUGGUUAUUAUCUGCCUGCUUUCUCUACAGUGCUGCAUUUGACCCCAUCCAUUUGACAGUAACUUUCCCUUUUUUUCUGUUCCCUUUACGACAAUAGUACAGAAAUCCAAGCAACCCGCUGGCGCACUAUGACACCACAGCUGAGGAGAUUCUGGAGCAAUGUGACGGUAUAAUUAAUAAUUAUUUUAGGGAUAAUCAUGCUGCUCAGCUUACGUUGUUUUACAAAGAUGUCUUUAGAAAUGGUUGUGGAUAUAACCACUGUUGACUGUUCUCACUAUUGAAUUGCGCCUCUCCUGAUUUAUAGGAGAAUGAAAACCAUGGGUGAAAUUCGAUGAAGUUUUAUACAGAGCACACCCAUUGAAAGGAAUGAACAUGACUAAGAGAGCCCCAUUAGUUUCAAUGAGACUACUCUGUGUGCAAAAUUAGUUGAGGUGCAGAUUACUAGCUUGUGGUUAUUGCCUUUUACAUUGAAAUGUAUUGGAGCCGCAAUCAAAUAUAUGCUUAAGACUCAAUGGAUUUGCUUACAGUUAUCUAACCUUGAUAGUUUAUUAAUUCCACAAUUCCACAAGCAGGGGUGACAACUUGAAUAAAAUAUGGGGGGAGGCAGGUAAGUCCCCGCCCGCAUAAUUGACCACAAGACACGGCACACACACCCUUUGAAUGGCAAUGUCCAUCAACUUUGGGGGGGGGGAGCCGACCCCUUCAAGUAUUUUAGGGGGGGGUUGAAGGGACCUCGGCCUCUAGGUGUUAGCUCCUAUGUCCAUAAGUAAUUCAGUAAGUACCAGUAGUGGGCAGCAUGGUGGGGCAUUGGCACUGACCUGACUUGCUGGCAGUUGAAUCACCACUGCUUAUUUGGAGGUAGAGAAGCAAAACAAGGAAGAAGGAGGUGGAUGUGUUGCAAAUUUACCAGCAGGGACAACCCAUUCUUCUAAUGAUGCAUUUACAUGGUGCCAGCUUCCCCACUGCCUCUCCUCUUUCCCUCCUGGUAAGCAGUAGCAGCAGUGACUCACUCACCGGAAAGUCAUGUAAGUGUUGCCAUCCCAACAUGCAGCGGUAAUUGCACAAAUGUAAAAGGAAACAGUUCCUAAAAGUUCCUAGUUAAGAGCUACCACAAUUUCAUGCAGCUGUUGGCUUACUCUAGUGUAUCACACAGUAAAAACGUAAAGUACAAAGGGCAGCUCCAUUUCCUCAAGCCUGCACUGCAAAAACACACCAGGAAGUUGUAGCCAAUGAACAACAGUUUAUCUUAAUUAAAGCUUAAUCCUAAAUGCUUGUGUUUUAUUUUGCCAUGGAUACUGUUCUUAUUGUCAGUGGACCAUUAAUUAAGGUUGCAUAGGAGUAGGGCUAUGCAUUUUGGAGCUUGGGGAAAGGUAUGCUGUCUGAUUGAUUGAUUGAUUGAUUGAUUGAUUGAUUGAUUGAUUCUCCCACUGCAGGCAAAAUUGAUAUGUUUGUGGCUGGAGCUGGAACAGGAGGCAGCAUCUCUGGAAUUGCCAGAAAGUUGAAAGAGAAAUGUCCUGAAUGCAAAGUAAGUGAGAAGGCUUGUUUGGAUUGGCUCAGACAUCCAGGCCCAUGGGAACGUCAUUCAUGCCAUCAGGGACCAUCAGGGCCUGGCGAGGAGGUCCAACACACAUCAACUUUUUGCUUCAGCAAGGAGAUUGUAUGGACAUCCAUUUGAUUCCCCAAGUGUGCCAGACUCUUUCUGCUCCUGAAGGAGUUGCGAAUACCAGAUGCAUAGAGCUAAAUUCUUAUGCGCAGUCACCAUGCUCUCACACAGUAGCAUUUACAUGUGCCCCUGAAACCUAAGCCUCGUCCUGACCAGGCAAGUGCAGUUUCCUCUUUGCUUGAGGGUUCCAAGGCCGGGAUACUCAUUUUUGUGUGAAGUUGUUGGUUGCUCCUUUAAUUUUUUUUAAUUAAUUUGUUAAUUUUCCUUCACAGAUUGUUGGAGUGGAUCCUGAUGGCUCCAUUGUGGCCCUGCCCAGCUCACUGAACACAAUAUCAGCAGAGGAUACAACAAUGGAGGUGGAAGGGAUUGGACACGACUUUAUCCCAACUGUCCUUGACAGAUCUGUAAGUGGCAGUGUGACAAAGAUCAGGAGAUAGAGAGAUGUCAUUUGACUCUGAAUGAAAGCUUUCAGAAUCACAUGAAGUGCAUUAAAAGUUGCUGAGGGUGGUUGAAUCUUUGACUAUGUACAUGGCAGCUGCUUAAGACAAGGCCAUUUCCCACGGCUGCAUUUCAAGUCACAUUUGCACAUUGCUGUUCACACUAGAGCAGGCAUAGGCAAAUUCCGGCCCUCCAGAUGUUUUGAGACUACAGUUCCCAUCAUCCCUGACCACUGGUCCUGUUAGCUAGGGAUGAUGGGAAUUGUAGUUCCAAAACAUCUGGAGGGCCGGAGUUUGCCUAUACCUGCACUAGAAUCUUCCCCAAGCCCCCACCCUCUAUGCAUGAAGUUGUCAUCCACGCAUGGGCUGCCAUCUGUAUAUGAGCAACAGCUGUCUAAAAUGUACACAUCUCAGCUUAACUGUGAAGUGAAUGUGGCUUACGUUUUCAAAUUAAACUGAAGUUGAUUCGAGGAAAAGCACAUCAAAGUGCAGUAUUUCUCAAGAAACUACAGGAUAGAUAUGGAUUCUGGCUAAUUUCAUGUGCAAAUGGCUUCCAAUACCAGCACUGGGAGCGCACUGGAACCAGAGUUGAAUGGUAGCAAUGUCCACGGCCCCAGUACUCAUUAUCAUCCAGCAAAAGCCAUAGGAGAGACUCUGCUGCAGCAUCUCAUAUAACCUUUAAUCAUAAAUUGAAGGGAAAUGGCCUGAAAUUGAUUAAAACAGCAGUGUACUAACAUUGCAACCAGAGGGUGAUGAUAGGCAACAUUGCGGUGCUUUUUAAAAGCUGCCUGAUGCUGUCCACGUUGACUCAGAAGUAAAUUUCACUGGCUUUGAUGGGACUUAAUCUCAAGUAUGUGCAUUAGAUUGCAGCCUAGCUGAAAAUGCUUUGAGAGAGGCGUACUUCUCAAAAUAUUUUUGUCCCACUGAUAACAAACAUUUUCCAGGGCUGCAAGUGAGACUGUAUUUGUAUAUCCCACCUUAUCUUUGAAAAGUUUAGGAAAGUUAAAAACAGAUAUAGCUAAGCUUACUGAAAGGGGGAAAAAUGAUCCUCUUUGAAACUGCCCUCAACUCUGAAGAAUCUGUUGGAUCUCUGCCCAUCCCAUUACGUGUAGCAGAGGUGCAAGACCCAAAGGCCCCUGAAACCUUAAAACUCCAUAUUUUGUUUCUUUUCUAGGUGGUAGAUCAGUGGUGCAAGAGCAAUGACAAGGAAUCAUUUCUUAUGGCACGAAGACUGAUUAGAGAGGAGGGCUUGCUCUGUGGUAAGCAUUGCUGAAGAUCCAUUGUUUAAAUCAUACCCUUCGCAAAUGGCAAAUGACUUCUUGGAAAGCAUUGUUCAGAGUCUGAGCAUAAAGGUUACCCAAGGAACCAAUUAAUAGUCUGAUUUAAGGGCCCUUUCACACAAUCCUUAUUUUCAUGCCGUAAGUAUACAGUUGAUAAUCAUUUACUUGUUGUGUAGAAUCCACGUCUUUCCUUGAAGUAGUGUUGUGCAGAUAUUGCAUUUUGAGCACUCAGAACUCUGUGUGCAAAAGCAACAUAACCACCCUCUGUCUGUCUCUCCAACACACAUGUCCAGUGCUUUUUUUCUUUAAAAAUGUUUAGGGGUACUCUCAUUUUUACUCAAGAAAAUCACCAUUUUAUAGUUCAAAUCAGGAAAAAUAAAUACAGUAAAUGGACAAAAGUACAAAGAUUCACAAAAUAUUUAGGGGUAUUCAUACCCCUGCGUCCCCCCCAGAAAAAAGCACUGCACAUAUCUGUUGCUAUGCCUUCUGAGCACAGCAUGGAAUCUGGUUGAAUGGAAGGUCAAAGGUCUCUGUUGAAUAGUACAUGGGGCAUCUUUACUGCUGAGUUGCCACGCACCUCCCCCACACCAUGCAAUUUUUGUGGUAGUUUAAAAUGCUCUGCUUUAUUUUCUGUUAUUUUUGUUGUUGCCAUUUUAAAAGCUAAGCUAGAUUAGGGGUGAGCAGAAGGUAGAUCAGGAUCUGCUGCAAUGCCUUCAGACGUGCAUUUGUUCAACAAUAGGAACAACAAUGACAGGGCUCUCUCAACACACACCCUUGCCCAGCAUUUUGCAAUCUAUGGGCUGCGGUGCCGCUGGACGAAGGUGUACUUUUUGGGCACGGAAUGGGGUGAAGUGGAUUUUGUGUGACAGUAUUGAACUCAUCUCUGGUGCCGAAAACAGAAGGGGACCCAGUUCCUUAAUUCUUGGUGUAUGAUCUCCACCUCUGCCUCCCCCACCUAUCCCCCCCCAACUCCAGUUGGUGAAUCUUGGGGUUCAAAUAAAAAAAAAAAAACAGAGUCGAUUCUGCAAGUUUGGUAUCUGCUCACCUCUCAUUUAUACCUCUGUAGAAGUAGCUAUACACAGCUUAGAACUCUACUGUCUAAGAAAGACAUUUAUCCUUGAUUUUUUUUUUUUUUAAUGCAACAACAACACUGAACACUAGCAAGGCUGCGUUCUUGCAUCAAUGCCCCACCGUUGGCUCAGGAGGGCCCAAGUGGGAGAUGGCUGUAUCUAAAUCAUUGUUUAAUUGUUGCUCAUUGAGUAGUAAUCUCUUUUUUCCUGUGGUAGGGGGCAGCGCAGGCAGUGCCAUGUCUGUGGCUGUGAAAGCUGCAAAGCAUCUGAAAGAGGGCCAGCGCUGUGUUGUCCUCCUGCCUGACUCUGUAAGGAACUACAUGUAAGAGACAAUGCCUUCUUUCAUUUCUGCUCUCCUGUCUACAGAAGCCCCUGGGUUGAAAACACUCAGACAUAUGUGAGAGGAAGGAUCUGUGAGGAUAGCAAAAGAAUGUGAGCUUGUUGCUCUCGUACCACAUUAACAGCAGUGCGGAAACUGUCAACAAAGAAGCAGGAAGCAAGUUUUAUGAGGGACUAAUUCUGUUGAUACCAGAUACUUGUAAAUCGCUAGACAUAAAAUUACUUUCAGUUCAGUGAUGUGGAGGGGAAUGAAAAAAGACAACUCCUGUUAUUGUUGCAUUAUCGCAUGGAUAGUGUUAUGAAAGUUUUAUAGCUCUCAGCGGAAGAAACAGAAGUCUUGCAAGUCAUAUCACCUGUUACGGAUUUUAGUAUAUGGUUCACACCCAGCCCAAGUUUUUCUAGAAUGACUCUUGGGACCUUUGCACACUUAUCAUUUCUUGUGGUCUAGUUGUGUAUGUGUGCGGAUUGUUUUUGGCAUGCUGCCACAUGACGCUGGCAUCAUUCAACUUGUAUUCCAGCAUAAUGAACUCCAAAAACCCGCUUUUCCUUCUACCACAAAAACCAUGACAUUUGUGAAAGAUUCAGAAUAGAUACUCAGUAUUUUCAUUGGUGUGUUGUUUGUACAAGCAUAGUCCGUUUCUGUGUGGAGGGAUUGUGAGUUGGUGGGUAUGGUUUGGGGGACAUCUAUUUUGUACCACUUUCCUCUGACCUGUGGAAGAUAUCAGUUUGAAAACUCAGUUCAGAGGAAAGAUAUAGGCAGCUAGAGGCUAUGGUACUGAGUCAAAGUACUGCCAAUGACAGCAUGCAUUAUAAGAUGCAGACAAAACUUCAUCACAAUAUCCAGGUCUGCCAUAGCUCUGGCAGGCAUGCAGUUCCUCUUUUAAUAUCCUAUAAUCCCACAAGAUUAGAAUUCUGGAAUGCUAGGCACUUUGUACACACAGAAAAAGCUGCAAAAGGAAUACCCUCAUGCAGAGGCUCAUAACUCUGACGUUUAUUGGCUGGAGGACCAUAACGGGUGUGACUAAGGCCACAGAACAUUUCUCCAUUGGGGCACAACCUGCCAUUCAUGUGGGAAGGAAAACCCACACUCACUCUAUAAUAACAGCGACAUGUGACCAAAGCUGCAGGCAAAUGCCUACAAAUUCACUCUUAAAAAUGGCAGAUCAAACAGCAACUAUGUCACUAUUAAUGGCAAGUGCGGAAAGUCCCUUAAUGUUCAACUCAGGGCUACUUAAAGACAUUCUAUGAGUACCUGAAGGUUAGGCUAGUCCUGUAAUGGAAGCUUGGAUGAAACACCAAAGUCUGACACAAGGUCUCAGUCUUUCUUAAUUAUCUCUAGGUCUAAAUUUUUGAAUGACAAAUGGAUGGUCAAGAAUGGAUUUCUAAAAGAAGAUGUGGAAGAGCAUCAUCCUUGGUAUGGGUCAGAGUCGCUACACUUGUUAAUUUUGCCUGACAUAAAGCAAAAGUAAUCUGAAUGGCGGGGCAGGAGAAGGCAAAGACUGUUUGUUUGUACCAGUGAUAAAAAGAUGCCUUAAUGCUUUCACUUUUAAAAAAUGGAGUCCGAAAUAGCUUUUUGUUGAUGAAAUCCAGAUGCGCUCAGGAGGAGUGCAUCCAGGCUGAUCUUCUGGUUGAAGCAGGUGUGUGUGAGUGGUGGGAUCACAGACUGCAACUAAUCCUUUUUGAUCCAUCAUGAUUUGCAUGACACGCUCUGUCUAAUUCUCUUCUGUGCUUUGCCAUGCAGCAUGCACAAGGACAGGUGUAUUAUGAAGCAUAAGGAUAGUCGGGCUGGCAAAUAUUUUUGUCCCAGUGUUGCAUCCUUGUAGAUGGGACCAUGAUGGAAAACAUCAGGUCCGGCUCCAGAUUUUGGAGGCGCUGGACACAGUAUUCCUCUCCAGCACCCUAGUGCCUGCCAUGUGAGCCCCCACAGGCAUUGUGGUACCUGCCAGCCUUUCCCUUGUGUUCAUUUGUGGGGCUUCCAUGGUGGUAGCACUGUAAUAAGCUGGGAGCAGAGCUGCUGCCCAAGUGAGUGAGUCCACUUCUGAGCAUCAAGGGUGAUGCUGUAAUGGGCUAGGAGCCAAGAGAUUUCUUGCCCAUUGCAGCACCUGUACUAAGUGAGUUAGUGUGUAUGUAAGCAGGAGGAGGGAGACUGGGGUGGUGGGUAAAAGCUAGGCAUCAGUCCCAGUGAGUCCUGGCAAAUGCCCCACUAUGCCAGGUGCUGGGCCUGGAAAAUAUAAUGUAGGAAUCAGUCCUAAAUAGUUUGCUGAGCUGCAAACCAUUUCCUUAAGUCCUUUCAAAAUUUAUGUGUGUGUGUAUAAGACACAGAGCAGACUGCUGGGGUUUAACACCACUUGCUGUCCUUCCUGCUCCCCGCCCCCCUUGUGAUAGGUGGUGGACUAUCAAGGUGCAGAAGCUAAGCCUCUUAGCCCCUCUGACUCUCCUCCCAGAUGUGAACUGUCAAAAGGCCAUUGAAAUCCUUCGUGAGAAGGCGUACGACCAGGCACCGGUUGUUGCAGAAUCAGGGUAAGUCUCUUAUUCGCUGAAGCCUCAUUCUAACAGUCUUCAGGAGAAUUCCACAAUUCUCACUGUAUAAAGCACUAAUGAGAAACAGCCUAUUAUUGACAUACUUAGUGAAAUCUUUAAAGAAAUACUUGGCGUAAUAUGGGCCUUAGCCAAUCUAUUGCAAGGACAGUGCCUACGCAUGAAGGAUUCCUGUAAGCUUAGCAGCAGGCAUUGCUGCUUUGUACUUUGGCAAGGAGACAAAGCAUCAAACUCCUCCUCCCUCUGUGCCAUCCUCCCCACACAGCUGGCAUAGGGAAUCCCAACCAAGAGCUGUCACAUCCACUUUGGUUCUUAAUAGUCAAAGGACCUAGAACUCUUAUUGGUGGUGUGUUAUUGAAAAGCUUCCUUUGAGAGUUUGUGACUUUUGGAGCAUUUUCAAAGAGCCCAGUUACGUUAAGUAUUGGCCUGCCACCAGUCAGGCUGAAUAGAAGGGGCAUUGGUACUGGUCUAAUUCUAAAAGUGGCAGCCUUGCAUGCCACUGAGCCACAGCAGAUGUUGCAGAAAGUGAACUCCCCACCCCACCCAUCUUGUCUUGUGUCUCUCUGUAUAUGCAUGAACUGCUGGAGCUCUCAUCUCCGUGUUGUGAAAAUUCAACUGCAUUCAUUUUGCUUUUUUUAAAAACCAAACAACUGUGUGUUUUCUUGAAGGCUCAUCUUGGGGAUGGUAACUCUGAGCAACAUCCUCUCCUCUGUCCUGGCAGGAACUGCCCAGUUCUCAGACCCAGUGAUGAAGGUCAUGUAUCAGCAGUUUUCCAAGGUAAUGUGUGCCCAGUACCUGUUUUGGAGUUGCUGCCUAGGGCAAAGGGUGAGGAUGGGAGAUUCAGGAAAUAAGAGUGAAAGCUGAGGUAGAAAGGACCCCAAGGAUCCUCUAGACCAGGGGUCAGCAACCCUUUUCAGCCGUGGGCUGGUCCACCAUCCCUCAGACCAUGUGGGGGGGCUGGACUAUAUUUUGAAGGGGGGGAAAUGAACGAAUUCCUAUGCCCCACAAAUAACCCAGAGAUGCAUUUUAAAUAAAAGGACAAAUUCUACUCAUGUAAAAACACACUGAUUCCUGGACCGUCCACUGGCCGGAUUGAGAAGGCGAUUGGGCCACAUCUGGCCCACGGGCCUUAGGUUGCCUACCCCUGCUCUAGACAAUUCCCUGCAAUACAGGAAUCUUUUGCCCAACAUGGGGCUUGAACCCAUGACCCUGAGAUUAAGAGUCUCAUGCUCUACCAACUAAGCUAAGGAGGCUGAUUUCAAAACACUGGAGAUGCCAGAGAAUGAACCCAGGAUAUGAGUAUUCUGGGUAGGUUCAAGUAGGUUGUUGUCUUGAGAUCUUGCCUCAUUUCAGAUGGUUCUGUUGCUGAAGCACUAUAGGACAGGGAUGGGGAUCUGGUGGCCCAUUGGAUGUUUCUAGACUACAACAAUCAUCCCUGAUGAUUGGCCAUGCUGGCUGGGGCUGGUAGGAGUUGGAGUCCAUCCACAUCUGGAGAACCACAGGCUCCCCAGCCUUCCAUAGAGGAAGUAACACAGAAACAGGAUCCUUCAUGCCAAGACACUGCUGGAACAUCUUUUCUCCCCCAAGAAAACUGAGGUGGGGUGGAGGUCAUCUAAGCACAACCUCUUUUUUUAAAAAAAAUGAUAUUUAUUAAAAGUUUAAAAAUUACAGAAAAAGAAAAGAAAAAGAGAAAAAAUAAAAACAAUACAAAUCAAUACAUUGCUAUACAUAAAAAAAACAAAAAACACAAUACAUCAAAACAAAAGCAAAAGCAAAAACAAUUAAAAACACAUCCAAUAUUUCCAUAUCUUUGUCUUUCAUUAACUUGUUUCAUCGACCUCCUCCCACCUCCCUUUUUUGUGUUCUAAUUAUUAAUUAUUUCAGCAAAUCCUUUCCAUCUUUCACUAUUUUCUGUCAUAUAAUUGUCAUAGUUUAUUUUAACCUUAUCUUACCAUUAAUACCCUGAAACUUAUUUGUACAUAACUCCUUAUAACAUUUCUACUAAAGCAGUGUAAUUUCAUUCCAACAUUUUUCUAACACUCAUUAAUUUUAACAAUGUUUCUAUAAAUAAAUUUUAAACUUUUUUCCCCAAUCUUCUUCCACCGUCUCUUCUCCCUGGUCUCGGAUUCUGCCAGUCCUUUCUAUCAAUUCCAUAUGGUCCAUCAACCUGGUGAUCUUCUGUCCGAGGCUCUUAACUCUUUUCCAUGUCCCUUCUGCAGAUCUUCUUCAUAUUUGUACAUGCACUUUACUUUAUCUUCUGCUGAUCUUAUUCUUAAUUUCCUUCCUUUGACACUGAGGAGUAGAUCUCGGGGAAGCUCCAACCUAACAAUGUCUUUAUUCCUUCUCGUCAGGUCAGCCCAUUCUCCAUAGUCAAAACUAAAGUCCAAAAGAUAUUUCAGGACGUGUUUCAACUGGCUUUCUCUAAAUUCAAUCGUAGAAGGCAACAGCUUAUAUUCAUCAAAUUGUCUCUGUAAGACGGGGGCUCUCUGCACUUGUAUUACUUGAGGUUCUACGACAACUUUCUCCCUCGUCUUCUCCACAACUUGCCAUGUCAAAGUAGAUUCCUGAAUCGAUUCCUGAGUAGUUUCUGUAUAGAUAUUCACUUCUUGUCCCAAAUCAGUCAUUUUUUGUCCCAAAUUGUCAAUUUUAGUAUUCAUCACGUCCAUCUUCUCAUGAAACUGUUCCAAUAAAACACUUAUCUUGCAAAAUGCAAUCACUAAGGCUUCUUUUGUCGACAUUCUUGUCCAAGGUCAAUCUCUGAUUCUCACGGUCUUUUAUCUCUGCAGCUGGAAAAUUCCCCAGCUCCACUCCUGCAACAGUUUCAAAAGCUUCCUCUAGAGGAAACAAUUUCUAUUUGUAUCCGUCCUUUUAAACGCAGAUCCAGCAGCAAAGUUAGUUUCAAUCUUUCAAUUACUUUUGCUCCUUUUUGAGUGAAAAAGGAAACAAUGGAAACAAUAUGUUUCUCUUAUUUGACUAUCUGUCAACGUACAUUUUGUUCACAGUCAAUGAACUUUCCCAAAACGUCAAUCUUAGUGACAGCCUGUUCCCAGGUUCAAAACGGUGGUAAUUUGUCUUUCUUCACUCUCUCUCCUGCAGGCUUAAGCAAUCUAAAACUUCCCCCCUCUUCUCCUGCUUCCAAGGGGGGUUUGAUAAUUUUAUCCGAUGGAAAUUUAGUCCUUUACAAAAGGCUCUCCAAGACUUUAGCUUGCAGCGUCUUUGCUCAAUCUAUUUACAAAAGAGGAAGGCAGACUUCCUGUUUGAAACCUUCCCGUUUCAGUGCCAAAUUAAGAUGUUUAAAGAUCCAAUUUUCCGUUCUACUCACGGGUAGUUGUUUAAAGUCCAAUUGUCCACAGGAAAAAGUCAGUGCUCUCCGGCAACGGCAAUGCGGCUUCACUCCGUGAAGGAAGCAGUCGAUUCGAAGCACCGCGCCGCUCAUCCCACGUCGCUCCGGAAUCCCCGAAACCGGGUUUCCCCGCGAGUAGGGGAGGCGCAAAAGGUGCCAGCCGAAUCCCACGUCCACAGGCUUCUCCCGCCUGUGGUUUUUAGUGGGUCUCCGCCUUCGCCGUGGCGGCCAGACCCUGAUUUCCACGGAGCGGAUUCCUCCCGAUCAGAGGAAUUCCGCCAUUGCCGGAGGCGCUAACCCGGAAGUUCGCCCAUCUAAGCACAACCUCAGAGGGAACAAGGUGUACUUGACAUGGAGUGUCCAGCUCAUACCUUACGUCUUCCAUGUGGUGGUUCCAGCAGUAUGUCACUACUUUAUGUCAGACUUUAUGUAAACUGGGUCCUAGAUGUCUAGUAACAAUUUGAUUCACUUUAUGUUUGGGACUUUAUUACAGAUUAGCCUGGAUGAUACCCUUGGAAAGCUUUCACACAUCCUGGAAAAUGAUCAUUUUGCUAUUGUUGUGCAUGAGCUGGAGCAAUGUAAGUAGCUUUUCUAGUAAAAAUAAAAAUGUCAUACUACUAAUUGUGUGCAUAUAUACAUACACACACACACCUAGAGAUGACCUAAUAUGCCCUUCGAACCAUGAAAUAGAUAUACAUGAAAGGCAUCACUUGUAUAUAUUAGUAUAUUAGUUUAUUAUUUGUUAAUUUAUUGCAUUUAUAGCCCAGCUUUUUUCCAAGGAGCUCAAGGUAGCAUUGUAGACAUCUGCAAAGGAAAGCCUAUAUGUCUGGCUUUCCUUUACAGACAUCCAUGCCUAAUAUGUGGACACUGGAGGUGGUGCCAUGUGACUCGUGGGGGUGGGGGCACCGCCAGCUCCACAGCUCUAUUUUAUGGGCAAAGGCGACUUUGCGUUUGUCUAAAUUCCAACAAGCCUCCAUCCAUUGUAUUUGAGAGAUGCCCACAGUUCAAGUUUCAAUGACCAUCUAAUGAAGGAGUUCUUAAGCUUAGGAUCAACUGCACAGGGUGGGAGUGACCUUUCAGGUAUGUAGGUCCCAAGCUGGUUGGGGUGGGAUUGUUAACAGCAUAAAGAGAGCCCUGCUGCAUCAGCCCAAAGGCACCCUGGCCAGCAUCCUAUUUUCUCAGUGGACAGUCAGAUGCCUAUCAGAAGCCCACAAACAGGACCCAGCGGCAAUAGCAUCCUCUGUGUUUCCCAGCUACUUCCAGGGCUUUUUUUUUCAUCUGGAACCGAGUUCCAGCACCUCCUUGUCACAUUCUGGCACCUCAUUGGUGUGUUGCGGCAGUUCCGUAGUGUUGCAGUGCCAUCCCCCUGCAUGACAUUUGGGGUCAUGUGGCACCUCUGGGAAAAAAGCCCUGAACAUAGCCAUUGUGGCUAGUAGCCUUUUCUUCUGAGAAUUUGUCUAAGCCUCUUUUAAAGGCAUCCUCGCUGGUGGCCAUCAAUCCUUCCAUACUUUAACUGUGAACUGUGUGAAUAAGUACUUCCUUUUGCAUGUCCUGAAUCUUCCAGCAUUCAGCUUCAUUUCAUGGCAGGGUGAGAGAAGGAGAAAAACUUCUAUCUGUCCAUCUUCUCAAUGUGCAUAAUUGGACAGUGGUAUGAAGGAAAAAGUUCCCAGAUGCCACAAAUAAAGAUAACAUUUCCUUGUGGGCAGACCUUUUUUCCCAGGGAGAACUCACAGGAACUCAGUUCUGGCACCUCUCAGGUGGGUGCCAUUGCCAUUCUAAGAGAACGAGGGAGGUGUUCAUGGUGAGAUCCAGCGCCUCUUUUUCUGGAAAAAUAGCACUGCUUGUGGGUUUCCUUGAAUGGUACUCUGGAAGCGUCAACAGUAUGUAAUCUUCCUUCAUUUAUGUCCUCUUCCAGACAAUGCAGAUGGCAGCUCCUUCAUGAAACAGAUGGUAUUUGGUGUGGUCACAGCUGUUGAUCUUCUCAGCUUUGUCACCCCCAAAACCAAGACCCAGGAACGAAGAGAUGCGACACUGGAAUCAAAUUCUUCUGAAAGAAUUUUCUCCAUGGCAGAAUCUGUGGAGAAAUAGCAGAAGACCUUUAAGUAUAAGGGUCUGGUUUUGUUUUCGAGUAUGGCUUUCUAUUUUAGAAUUAGCAUUGUAUUUAGGAUAGUAUUAUACUAGUAUCUAGUAUUUCUAUUUUAAUUUGCCUAGCUGUUCUUGGUCUGCUAUGUUCAUAGCUAUGCUCAUCCUAAAUGCCACCAAGGGAAAUAAUUUGGGAUCAGGAUGAUUGGACAAGAUCACAUACAAUUAAAAUAAGUAGCUAUUCUGUGAUAGCAUGUUAAAAAAAAUAAGAUUCUUGGGAGGAAGCAGUAGACUAAAUGGAUUCUCCUGUGAGGUUGCCUUGUUGCCUUGAUUUUUAUCUGACAUUUUGUUGUUUGCAUUAACAUUGACUGGUAAAUGCAUUUCAAAAUCUGCUGGCAGAGCAAUAAAGAAAUACUACAGAUGCAAAGGCUGCCUGACUUGAUUGUAGAACUGACAAUAAUACUCUUUGCCUGUACAAGGGAAGUGUGAACUGGGACUGUACAGAUGGAUGAAUGUUCAUAAGCCCCCUUUCCCCCAGAGAAAGCCUUCCUGCUGUUAUG